AUGCGUCCCCACCCGUCUUCCCCAGUGCACUUCGCAACGCCUUUCUUGACUCCACUUGACCAAAGAGCGCAUCCCGAUUCCUUCCGUGGACUAGGCGAUCUGAUGUGUGUUCCGCCUAUACUGCGCCACAUCGGUUGAUUGAAGCGACACGAGACAGCAUACUUCUCCAAGGCAAGGUAGGGCUCUUGAUUUCAUGCGCGCAUCCAGUUCUUCCAGCUGCCCCACACGUCGUGCUCUGUAUCAGAAGCGAAAGCAAGUGUCGGCCGUUGCAGGCUGA